AUGGUGCAUCUUACUGUAGAUCUGAUUGCGAAGUCCAGAAACCACUUCAAAAAGAAAAGGGGCCGCUCUUUCAAAGACUACCUCAAGAAUCUCACCCACCUCUACUUCUCCAGCAAUAAUAUUGAAGCUAUUGGAGAUCUCUCUGCGUGUAAAAACCUCACCGUCCUUUACUUGUAUGAUAAUCACAUCACAUACAUCCACAACCUUGGCUUCGCCUCCAACCUCACCCAUCUAUAUAUGCAGAACAACAACAUCACUCAUAUCGACAACCUCCACAAUCUGCAGAAACUCUCCAAACUGUAUCUGGGUGGAAACAGAAUUGCUGUGGUGGAAGGCUUGGAGCAGCUCCACCAGCUCAAGGAGCUUCAUCUGGAGAAUCAGAGGCUGACACCAGAGGAAAAGUUGCUCUUUGACCCCCAGACUCUUCUCUCACUUGCCGAGUCUCUGUGUGUCCUGAAUAUUGAUAACAACAACAUCGAUGACAUCCAGGACCUCUCUGUGCUGAAAGGACUCCAGCAUUUUUCUGCUGCUGGCAAUAAGCUGCACAAUAUAGAGGGGUUAGAGGAACUGUUCAGCCACUGGCCUCAGCUUCGUUUCAUGGACUUGUCUGGAAAUCCAGUGUGUAAAAGGCCAAAAUACAGAGACCGCCUCAUCACUGAGUGCAAAACUCUUGAAACUCUAGAUGGAAAGGAAAUUAAUGAAUUAACCAGACAGUUCCUAAUUAAAUGGAAAGCAUCAAAACAGGCCAGGAGGGUGAAAAACAACAGAUCCACGCUGUCUGGAGCAUAUCUGGACCGAGACAGCUUCUCCGUGGGUCAAGGCCCGGCUCCAGGUCACAUCUACAGCCACAUGGACAUACAGAGGGCGCCAGCAUUAGGGAUUCCCAUGAACGGCCACAGUCGUGUUCCUAUUUCACCGCUGCUGUUCAGACAUAUGGAGGCAUAG